GACCAGCCUCCUUCCCGUCAUCAUGAAGCUGGGUGGGUUCCGCGUGACUUCAGUGAUCGAUGCAUCAACAUCCCAUGUUGUGUGCGGGGAAGCACGGCGCACAUUGAGCCUAUUGCAAGGCAUUGCAAGAGGUGCGUGGGUUCUGGACUCAUCGUGGGUAUAUGAGUCACUUGAGCUGGGUCGAUGGGCACCAGAGGAAGCUUUUGAGCUCUUCAUGGCUUUUCCAGGGGCCAAGAUCUCACGGCUACAAAAGCAGGAGCGAGGCAGAAAAGGGAAUUACACCCAAACACUCUUUUCUGGAGUGGGUUCCAUCUAUGUUUCAGAAGGAUGCACUCCUCCCACAGACCAACUAAGGGUAAGGCUGAGAAAGAGAGUUAAGAAGAGGUUUUAA